AUGUCGCACUUCAACUGGACUCUGGACAGUGGAACCAACUACCACAUUCUGCGCACCGCCUGUUAUCCGUAUAUGAAGUAUCACUGUAGCAAGAGGGAGGUUCAGGAUCUCUGGCUGGAGGACAAGUUCUUUCGCUUUCUAAAAGUAAUCAAUUUGGGCUUACCAAUGCUGUUCUAUGGACUGGCUGCCAUCCGUCUAAUAAGUCACACCGAGAUCGUUCAUGUCAGCGAAAAGGUCAAAGUUCCCAUAUAUUUUCUAUAUGCCGAGGACAAGGGUGCCAGCUUUUGAUUUAAUUUCAGGAGACAGCUUUAUGUGAAAUGUGAGAGACAGCCUUCUUGUCUAAUUAUGUACAUAUUUAUUAAAAGUUUAACAGUU